AUGAUUACUGUAGAGACUUUGCACAAAACGAAACCGUAUCCCAACCCGACCGCAAGUCGAUCGAUAUCACCCUACUGCUUCCGCUGGAAUCCUGUUGCGAUCAGGCUGGUAAGCGAAAGCAGUUGUUUAAAGCAACCGCGCCCAUGCCGAAAUCUAGCUCGCUACACAGAGGCGGCGGCUUUGAUUUUAGAGACCAGAAUUCCUGCCUCACAGCCGGGCAACCGUAUCCUGACCAACACUGCACGCAGAUCGGCGGUCAACGGUAGCGUGUCGCCGUCGAACGCCGGCUCUUACCCGUCAUCCGGUGCCAUGAUCAGUGCCGGCAGUCCGGUGGAUUCGCCCGCGGCAACGCAACGAGGCGACAUCCAGCAGCACCCUUUACUGACCGGUGACUCGUCACGUGUUGUUCAGCAACAGUCACAGCCACAACAGCAACAGCAAUCGACGCCGAACAACCACCAAUCGAGUUUGGAAACGACGUCUGAAGCAGGUCUGUCGUUGAACGAUCGUCCUCCUCGUCACGUCGAAUCGCAAACCGUAGCGUUUGUUACGCUUGUCGCCGUCGCGUGCUAUCGGUUCCGUGACUCAAUGUGGGUCAAACGACAACCGACCAACCAUGCGUCACCGUUGUCGCGCAGCGGGAAACAGUGCUUCAAUUUCAGACGGCGCGUCCGAACAAGGCUUUGGGUAAUUUGCCACGCGUCCCUGCGCGGCAGCGACUUAAAAUAUGUUUCGCCCGAACGACUGAUCGUCACGCGUCGCGUCGCUUCGCGGCAGAGGCUAGCCACUGUCGAGCGAUCGAAUGCCAACCAGAACCACGAGGUGAUGAGCUUGAUGUGCGACCAGUAG